AUGUUUCGAAGUUUCUUGAGUUUUUUUAGGGGCCAGAACUCUGACCUUCCACCUGAGUACCAGACAGUCGAUCCUCUCAAUAGACAAGACGGACAAGAAGCACCCACAACCGAACGAGGCGACGCCCGUCUAUUGGAGCCGGACUAUGUGUCUCCCACAGAACAAGACGACACGCCCCGAAAUCGAUUCGACUACUACGUCGACUUACGAAGGCUUCAACAAUUAGUUGAAUGGCAAAUGCGACAUAUAUCACCCGGGCUCUAUGGAGACCUGGAUUCGCAAGUCGAAGUCGCCCGUGACUGGGUUAUUGACUGCUGGAAGAGACAUGGCAUCUGGGCCGCUUCGUGGCGUGGCACUGGCCCAAGUCACAAUGACAAAUGGCCAUGCCGUGACUCGGGGGGCGUGCCCACUUCUCUGCUCUCUCUGGAACUGGAGUGGGAGAUAGAACACCUCGUCGAAUUACACAGGCCGACGCGCAUUCCAGAACUCUUCGGCAGCCAAUACGUGCCCCCGGCCCGCGAAGUGCCGCUUCAAUGGGGGUUCGACCACCUUGUUCGUACGGCGUUAUACAACGUGAGUAAGCGCUGGAGGAGGGCUGGCUUUCGUUGCAGUGGCGUGGAUCAGCCCGGCGUCAGGUUUUGUCGGAAUCUGAAGUUGCUGUACGCCUCGCUUCCAAUGCCUGCUCGCGAAAAGCUAGAUUCUUUGGACGCGUGCUGCUGGGCGGACUUGUUUCGCGGGGAGACGAGGCAAAACCAGGCUCCGCGAACUGACAUGUUUGGCCGGAUCAUUGGGCACGCUCAAGCGAAUGCGAGCCCAACCGCGGACAGCUUGGAGCUUGAUCCUCUGCAGACCUACAUCUGGGGCCGGAUCGAUGGGGACGCGCAAGCGAGUUCGAUGUCGAGUCCAACUGCGGACGGCUCGGUGCUCGAGCCUCCACGAACCACUAUAUUCGGCCGGGUCAUUAGGGACGCGCAGGCGAAUGCGAUGCCGGCUCCAACCGCGGAAGGCUCGGUGCUCGAACCUCCACGGACCGGCAUAUUUGGCCGGAUCAAUGGGGACGCGCAGGCGAAUGCGAUGCCGGCUCCAACCGCGGAAGGCUCGGUGCUCGAGGAGAUUGGUCAAAUGGUGCAAACCCGGAGGGCGGCUCGAAGAAGUGGCCGCGUUGCUCGUCGCCCGCCUCGUCGACGGGGCAUUGUUAAAAGGCGCAGGGGCGUUGCCGAAAGGCGCCGCCGGGGGUCAUGA